GACACUCUGCUCCACUCUGCAACUUUCCCGUGCUGGAGCAGGCAGGAAUGAGAGGGGGGAGAGGAGUAUGUUGUGAUAGAGGGGGAAGCCUACAGGUUGGGCUAUAGGGGGGGAAAAGACCAGUUUCAUAUAGAGUGGAGAAGAGCAAAAUGUACCCCCAGCUGGCACAACUGCUCCUGAUCGCCCCCCUGUGCUUCCCCCUGGAGACUGAGACUCCCACAGCUGGCUGCACAUUUGAGGCUCACAGUGACAUUGGUCCCUGUGAGGUGACACAGGCGACUCAAGAUGACUUUGAUUGGCAUACGGUGCUGGACCCUCGUGGAAACCCUGACUUACCCCAAGGUUCCUACCUCUUGGUAAACUCUACGGAACAUGCUGCAGGAAAGCGGGCUCAGCUCCUCUUUCAGCCACUAAGUGAAAAUGAUACACACUGCUUGCAAUUUAGUUAUCUUUUGCAUAGCAGAGACGCCCGAGGUCCAGGCUCUUUGCGGGCUUAUGUGCGAGUGAAUGGAGGCCCCUUAGGCACAGCAGUUUGGGAAGUGUCGGGACCACGAGGAAAGCAGUGGCAACAAGCAGAGCUUGCUGUCAGCACUUUUUGGCCUAGUGAAUACCAGGUGCUCUUUGAAGCCGAGGUAUCUGGAACUCCCCAAGGAUACAUUGCACUGGAUAAUAUUCUCCUGCUCAGUUACCCCUGCACUCAAGCCCCUCAUUUUUCCCGUCUUGGUGAGGUGGAAGUAAAUGCCGGGCAAAAUGUCACAUUUCAGUGCCCUGCUGCUGGUAGGGCAAACGAAGGCGAGACAUUCCUGCUGCAGAGGCAAAGCGGAGGCAUCACCUCAUCAGGGAUAAUCCAGCAUGUCAGUCACUGGCGGCUGUUGGCCUCCUUCCAGCUGUUUGAAGCCGGGCCAGAUGAUCAAGAUCUGUACCGUUGUGUGAGUCGCUCUAUUUAUGGGGCAGGAGUGUCCAACUUUGCUGAACUUGUAGUGAAAGAGCCACCAACCCCUAUUGCUCCACCUCAACUUCUAAGGGCUGGCCCCACCUAUCUGGUAGUACAACUAAACACUCGCUCCAUCACGGGUGAUGGGCCCAUCGUGCGAAGAGAGAUUGAGUACCGUGUGAGCGGAGGAACCUGGCGGGAACGGCAUGCUGUCACUGCACACACAUAUAAACUGUGGCAUUUGGACCCUGACUCACAAUAUCAUCUAUCAGUGUUACUCACUCGCCCUGGUGAGGGAGGCACUGGGAGGCCUGGACCAGCACUCAUCAGCAGGACAAAGUGUGCAGAGCCCAUGCGAGCACCUAAAGGCCUUUUGUGCACAGCAGAGCAGCCACGCCAGCUGACUCUACAUUGGGAAGCAGUCGGCUUCAACAUCACCCGUUGUCACACCUACGCAGUGACACUGUGCUACAGCCACGAAGCUAGCUCUCUGCAAGACUGUGUAACAGUGGAGGGGGGAGCCAGCCACUACACUCUCCAUGCUCUACCUCCAUACAGUGCCAUCCACUGUCGCCUUGUAAUCUCCAACCCUGAGGGUAGAAAGGAGGGCAAGGAGGUGACCUGUCACACACAGGAAGAUGUACCAGGGGGCAUCGCUUCAGAGACCCUUGUCACCACACCGGUGGACGAUGCAAUUCUUCUCUCUUGGGAUGAACCUGCUGAACCUAAUGGAGUUCUAACUCAAUAUGAGCUCAGUUAUCAAAUAAUUGAGUCAUCAGAUCCUGGUGUGAGUGUCCCAGGACCACGUUCUACCAUCUGUAAACCUCCCAAUGAAACUUCCCACCUCCUUACCAACUUACACCCUGGAACCACCUAUCUACUAAGUGUACGGGCCCGUAAUAGCAGAGGCUAUGGACAGAGUGCUCUUACUGAGCUCGCAACCAACAUUUCAGCUCCUGCUUUUGACUACAGAGACCUUCCUGCACCAAUUGCCGAGACGGAUCACACCAUAACUGUUCUCCUAAGGCCUGCACAAGGACGGGGAUCCCCUGUCAGCUUUUACCAGGUACUGGUUGAAGGAGAAAGCUCCCGUCGGUCCCGACGCGAGCUGGGAGUCCCUGGUUGCUUCCCCGGGGCAGGUGGAUAUGAGGAAGCAGAGAUGGAUGGAGCCACUAGCUACGUAGGAGCAGAACUUCCACCUAGUGAUUUGCCUCGGGACACUCCCUUUGUGGUUGGGGAUAACCGCAGUUAUGGGGGCUACUGGAAUCCACCCCUGGAUCCUCGAAAAGGCUAUCUUAUCUACCUGCAGGCAGCCAGCCACCAUCGUGGGGAAACACGACUUAAUUGUGUUAGGAUUGCCAGAAAAGCACCCUGUAAGGACAGUCACCGCUUCUCUAUGGCUCCCCAGCAUUCGGAGGAGAUGGGGCUUGUGCUUGGAAUUUGUGCCGGUGGCCUGGUUGUAUUUAUCAUCCUGCUUGGUGUUGUGAUUCUCAUUGUCCGAAAGGGAAGAACACAGUUUUCUUAUGCUUAUUACCCGAAGCCGAUGGGUUUGGCUAAGUCUGCCCUGCCAGUGCGGCAUGAAAACUCCUGUGCAGCAAUCCCUAGAGAACAUGCCAAGAUCACGGAUCAACCCAAGUUAAUGCAGGACGAGGCAGCGCUGACAUUCCUGCACGGUUAUGGCUCCCGAGGGGAGCCACGUGUUGGGUCUGUGACAGAAUCAAGCAGUCUUCUGGGAGGGUCUCCACGGCGCAGUGGGGGCAGGAAAGGGUCUCCAUAUCAUACAGGCCAGCUGCACCCUGCAGUACGUGUGGCAGAUCUACUGCAACACAUAAACCAGAUGAAGGUGGCAGAGGGUUAUGGAUUCAAACAGGAAUAUGAGAGUUUCUUUGACUGGGAUGUGUCUAAAAAGAAGGACAAGGGGAAAGGAAGACAAGAAGCACCACCAAACUUUUUCUUUUCAGAUGAGCGUCACCGAGUCCAGCUCCACCCCCUCCAGGCUGAGUGCAGUUCAGAAGAAAUCAACGCCAACUAUAUUGAUAUCCGGAUAAACAGAGAAGGUUAUCACAGAUCAAACCACUUCAUUGCUACACAAGGUCCAAAGCAGGACAUGAUCUAUGACUUCUGGAGAAUGGUUUGGCAAGAACACUGCUCAAGCAUUGUGAUGAUCACCAAGCUGGUGGAGGUUGGAAGGGUAAAAUGCAGCAAAUAUUGGCCAGAUACCACAGAAACAUAUGGGGAUAUUCGCAUCACCUUACUCGGUACAGAAACUCUGGCAGAAUAUACAGUGAGGACACUCACUCUGGAGCGGCGCGGUUAUACUGCCAGACACGAAGUUAAGCAGUUCCACUUUCUUUCAUGGCCAGAGCAUGGAGUACCAUUCCAUGCCACCGGGUUGCUUGCUUUCAUCCGCAGAGUUAAAUCAUCCACGCCACCUGAUGCUGGCCCUGUUGUGGUGCAUUGCAGUGCUGGAGCUGGCAGGACAGGCUGCUAUAUUGUCUUGGAUGUUAUGCUGGACAUGGCUGAAUGUGAGGGAGUUGUGGAUAUUUACAACUGUGUCAAAACACUUUGCUCACGACGAAUUAACAUGGUGCAAACACAGGAGCAGUACGUCUUUAUCCAUGAUGCCAUCCUAGAGGCCUGCCUGUGUGGUGAUACAGCUAUUGCAGUGUGUGACUUCAGACAGACCUACAAGGAAAUGCUACAGAUAGACACACAAAGCAACUCAACGCACCUGAGAGAUGAAUUCCAGACACUGAAUUCUGUGACAGCACAGCUUGGUGUAGAGGAGUGCAGUGUGGCAUUGUUACCGCACAAUCGGGACAAGAAUCGCACAAUGGACGUGUUGCCUCCAGAUCGCUCUCUUCCUUUACUACUAUCUGCCCAUGGAGAGGAUACCAGCAAUUACAUCAAUGCUGCACUGACUGAUAGUUACAAGCGGAGUUCGCAUGUCAUUGUCACAGUGCACCCACUGCAGAGCACAAUGACAGACUUCUGGCGGCUGGUCUACGACUAUGGCUGCAGUAGUAUUGUUAUGUUAAAUCAGCUGAACCAAUCCAACUCUGCCUGGCCUUGCCUACAGUACUGGCCAGACAGCGGCAUCUCCCGGUAUGGACCAAUGGAAGUUCAGUUCGUGUCUGGGUCUGUGGAUGAAGAUGUUGUGACUCGUCUGUUCCGAGUUCAAAAUAUAACUAGGGAGGAACAUCUCCUGGUCAAACAUUUCCAGUACCUGCGCUGGUCUCCAUACCGAGAUACUCCAGACACCAAAAGAUCCUUCUUACAACUCCAUUCCCUGGUGGAUCAGUGGCAGGAACAAAAUAGAGAGCACAGAACCCUCAUACACUGUCUCAAUGGUGGGGGUCGGAGUGGGACAUUUUGUUCCUGUGCAAUGCUGUGCGAGAUGAUCCGUUGCCACCAUGUGGUUGAUGUGUUCUACGCGGUUAAAAGUCUGCGGAAUAUUAAGCCAAAUAUGGUAGAAACCUUGGACCAAUACCGUUUCUGCUAUGAAAUUGCUCUGGAAUUCUUGGAAUCGCAUGAUGCCAGAUAGCAUCCAGCAAAAUAAUGGUUUCUGUGCCCUAUGAAAUAAUAUAGGCAUGUGAAAAUCAGAUACAUUUAUAUUUUGUGGCCAAAAUGAAAGUGAUACCAGUCACCUUUCACCAUACAUCACAAAAAGGGCUUCUAUAGGCUACAGAUGUUAAAGGUGGACAUCAUACCAAUUAAUGCCUGUACAUAUUUAUGGUUGUAUAUAUAACAUGUUUAUGGAAAGCAUUGUAGUAGUUACCAGUUAUUUGACUGGGAACUCAAAACCUAUUUUACUUUGCCCAUGUAGAUCAACACAUGUAUUCCCACUGCAAGGUAAAUCAUUUUUUUUUCCAGUUUCAGUAGUAUAAAAGGACUCCGGAGCUGUAUAUAAGGGAUUUUCUUCAUCUCUUCAUGUGUGAUCUAAUAAUAGGUGGGGAGGGUGUCAGCAAUGGGGCAAAAUGCAUCGCACAAAAGACAAAAAAGGAAAUGUGUCUAUCUCUCUGUGUAAUGGAUGUCCCUAUGUAAUACUCUAUGCUACAAUGUACUAUGCGUUUGCAACCAUGAUCACUAUCUGUAUAUAUAGGUAAACGAUGUAUUAACCCCACAAGUGAUGAAGGGGUUCAAAAGGCUUUAUUGUACUCCAAUAAAUUGCUUCUUUUUA